AUGCUUAGAAGGAGGUGUGCUGUUGUGAAAGAACGCGGCCGCGCCCGAGGCGAUGAAUGCGGCUAACGACAGUAAGACACUAGCACCAAGCCUGCAGGCUGCAGUCGUGCUGCAUCCAGCCUGCAGUCCGUGAUCACGACAGUGCACAAAAGCAUGCGCAUCCUCAUACGCAUCGCUGCAUACGCGCUGAUCUGCAGCCGUGCCGCUGCCGACGCCGCACUCCUUAAUUGGGCCAAAAGCCAGGGUGCCACGGUCUCGCCGCGCCUCGCCAUCCGCCGCACGACCUAUGGAGGGAAUGGGUUAUUCGUGAGCGAAGCGGUGGCCAAGGGCACGCCGCUCGUGCGGAUCCCCGGCGACUUGCAAUUGGGCGUCGAAGUACUCGCGAAGAGCGACGCGGCCGACCUGCAGCGCUUUGUGAAGGGCCUGCCCUGGCAGGAGGUGGUGCAGGCGGGCCUCGGGUUCCUGCCCUGCGCCGCCGCGAUUUGUGCGGAAAAACGGAACGCCGAGAGUCGCUUCGCGCCCUAUCUCGAGUUUCUCGACGAAGUGACGUACACGAACGCGAUCGCGCAGUGCGACACCGACGACUGUCCCGUCCUCGCCGCUUGUGACGCAGUCGCGGCAGAAAAGGUAAAAAAGAUGCGCUACGGCCUCCGAGCCGCGGCGCGAGCGAAUGCAAUUGAUCUCGACGAGUUGUGUUGGGCCGCGGCCGUCGUCUGCAGCCGAUCUUUAAGACGACGCGUCGCGCCUCCCUUAUCACCGGAAGCCGUCGAUAACGUGGGCCCCGUCGCGGCGACGGACCGGAGUCGUUUGUUGCCGGUGAUUGACCUCGUGAACCACGGGGGGUCGCAAGCGAACGCGGCCGUGCAACCGCUGAAAAACGACCCCGAGGACCCCUUCGCCACGUGCUUAGUCGCGGCCCGUGACUUAGAAGCGGAUGAGGAGAUCCUCAUAGACUACGGCGCCGGCUCGCCGCCCGCCGGCCGCGCGGAGACAUUCCUGCUCGAUUAUGGCUUUGUCCUGCCCGGCGCGGGCGCUUACGGGUUCGCGGCGCUCGAGGGCGACUUCCUGCCGGCCGUCGGGCAGUUUUCGGCUGACCGGGCGGGCAUGCGUGAUGUGUCAAAAGACGAACUGGAGCGGCUUAAAGCGCGGAUCCAGCGCCUCGUCGCCGCGGCGAGCGCCGCGCACAAGGGCAAGCCCCUGGCCUUUGAUGAUGUGGGCGAGCCCACGCCCGAGACGCUUUCGCUCGCUUUGGCGCUCUCGUGCCGCGGGCCGGCGGACGUGGCAUGCGUCUGCGACGGCGCGCCGCCGGACGCGGCCCACGUCGACCUCGCGCGACAGGCGCUCCGGGCGGCCGCGGCGGCGGCGCUCGCCCGCGCCGAUGCGGCGCCGCGCUCCGAGCCGGCGACGCCGUUCGACGAGGCGGCGGCGGCGUACGCCGAUGCCGUCAGGGAGGCCCUCAGCCGCGCCGCUACUUAA